AUCAGAAGAGAGGAGGCGAGGGGGAGAAGGAGAAAUAGGGAAGCGCGCCACGCCUCCUCGUCUCGCGACUCUCUUGCGCGGUCCGAUGCUUUGCCUGAUCUCCGCGUCUGGCUCGGAUGCAAGGAUGGCUGCAGCCUCCGCCGCUCUCGCCCGGCCUCUGCUGCUCCUGCUGGCCCUCGGGUCCACCGCUUGGGUCGGCGCUGGAGCAGGGGCAGCGGGUCUCAGCGGGGCGCAGAAGCCCAAUGUGGUGCUGAUUCUGACAGACGACCAGGACGUCUACUUGGGGGGAAUGACACCUUUGAAAAAGACCAAUGCUCUUAUUGCAGAAAUGGGCAUAACUUUCUCAAAUGCAUAUGUACCCAGUGCACUGUGCUGUCCUAGUAGAGCCAGCAUCUUGACAGGAAAAUAUCCGCACAAUCAUCAUGUUGUAAAUAAUACUUUGGAAGGAAAUUGCAGCAGCAAAUCCUGGCAGAAGAUUCAAGAGCCAUAUACCUUUCCAGCUCUCCUCAAGUCUGAAUGUGGCUAUCAAACGUUUUUUGCUGGAAAAUACCUGAAUGAGUAUGGAGCAGAGGAUGCAGGAGGAAUUGGCCAUGUUCCUCCUGGAUGGAGUUUUUGGUAUGCCUUGGAAAAAAAUUCCAAAUAUUAUAACUACACACUUUCAGUAAAUGGAAAAGCACGUAGGCAUGGCGAGAACUACAGUGUGGAUUAUCUGACAGAUGUACUGGCCAAUAUGUCCUUGGAUUUUCUGGAAUAUAAAUCCAGCUUUGAGCCAUUUUUCAUGAUGAUAGCAACUCCGGCACCACACUCACCUUGGAUAGCUGCUCCUCAGUACAAGAAGAGUUUUGAGAAUGUCAGUGCUCCUAGAAACAAUAACUUCAAUAUCCAUGGAAAGGACAAACAUUGGCUUAUCAGACAAGCAAAGACUCCAAUGACAAAUUCAUCAAUACAAUUUCUAGACGAUGCUUUUAGGAAAAGAUGGCAGACACUUCUGUCAGUGGAUGAUCUAGUAGAAAAACUUGUGAAAAAGCUAGAAUUUCACAGAGAGCUGGAUAAUACAUAUAUUUUUUACACAUCAGACAAUGGAUUUCAUACAGGCCAGUUUUCGUUGCCUAUUGACAAACGGCAGCUGUAUGAAUUUGAUAUUAAAGUUCCAUUGCUUGUUCGAGGUCCAGGAGUCAAACCCAACCAGACAAACAAGAUGCUUGUGGCGAACAUUGAUUUGGGUCCCACUAUUUUAGAUAUUGCAGGCUAUGAUCUAAAUAAAACCCAGAUGGAUGGGAUGUCAUUGUUACCAUUGCUGAGAGGAGAAAUAAACAAGACCUGGAGAUCAGAUGUUUUGGUUGAAUACCAAGGAGAAGGCCAUAACAGCAGUGAUCCUACUUGUCCUGCCCUUGGGCCUGGUGUUACUCAUUGUUUUCCAGACUGUGUUUGUGAAGAUGCAUAUAACAAUACUUACGCAUGUGUAAGGACGCUAUCGACUUCAUGGGAUCUGCAAUACUGUGAAUUUGAUGACCGUGAGGUGUUUGUUGAAGUUUACAACCUGACUGCAGACCCACACCAGAUUACUAAUAUUGCAAAAACAAUAGAUCAAGAAAUUUUAGAAAAAAUGAAUUAUCGGCUAAUGAUGUUGCAGUCCUGUUCUGGAACAACUUGCCGCACACCAGGAGUCUUCGAUGCAGGGUAUAAGUUCAACCCACAUCUGAUGUUUGGUAACCAAGGAAUUCAGACUCGCAGAUUUCUUACACCUUCACUGUAGCUGUACCUGCCACCUUGUUUGUUGCCAAGUCCAUUUCUUCGAAAUGACUGCAGAAAACUGCCUAAUACAUUCUGAUGUCUUGAGAGACUUGAUCAGCUGGUCAAACAGUCUCUGGCCAUGCGUUAAAGACAUGAUCUAUCCUAGUCUACUCAAAUCUGAUUACCACGCAAAAUGUUUCAUCUGAAGUUAAAUAUUAAUUUGGGAUGUGAAUCUGAAUGUCCUUGUUUGGUCUUGUUAUAUACACAGAGGUUAGGAUUGCUGUCUCCUAUUUACAACCACUACCUAACAGGCUUUUAAAAAGAUACAGUGUGCAUCUCAGUACUGCUUCCAUUCUGAAUCUGGUGAAUUAAAUUAAGCAGGUUAGUUGCCAUUUGUUUUCUUCUCUGCUUUUCGGGGUUCACCUGGAACCAGUGGCUAGAAUCUGUGCCUGCUAUUGUCAGAUAUUACGCAUGUGUAUUACCUACAGAAUCAGCUCAAAAUUUUGAGUCAUAAUCAAGUUAACCAUUAAAUGAAAAUUCCCCCCCCCCAAAACACCUGUAUCUUUGCUUGGAAUGUACACUAAAGUAGUACAAGUCCCAUGAUAAAAUUAUACUGCAUACCACUCUGAAUAUUUAAACAGGAACUUGGACCUAUUUGUUAGAAGAGAAAGUAUACCUAGAUACAAUAACUAAAAUGAAAAUUGCAUUAUAGCAUCAGGUGCACAAAUUCCUUACAUUCUAGGACAGCUUUUUUCACUGAUUACAUUUGCACUCAAUCCUAAGCUGGAUGGCUAUUACAUUGGAGCACAUUUGUAUUCUUCACUUGUAAUGCAAUGCAUUUUUGUACUGCAUAGUCCUUAAGAAAAUGCCUUCACAAACAGCUGGUCACUGCGUAAUUGCUAAAAAAGGAGCUUUCAGAAUGGAUUUCUUGCAAAUGACAUGGAACCUGUCUUGGCCAAAGCAGCAGUCAAAGGCUGUUUCUCAAAAGAAAACUUGUAUCUUUAUGACAAUCUGUCUAUUAAAACAGAUAUAACUCUUAUGGUGGAUAGAUGUGAAAUAUGAUUGUUUCAUCUGAUAACUUAUGAAAUAACUUAGUUUCUCGGGAUAGGUAAAUAGCAUAUAUUAAGAUAAGAGCAAAUGAAAUAGACAGUUGAACAUUUAAUCAGGAGUGCAGCUCCUCUAAGUGCCAUUUCUUCCCAUCCUUAUCCUUUGGUGAAUCUUGUGCUUUGAUUUAUUGCAGCUGAACAUGUUCAAGCUUUUGUGUUGUAUCUUUAGUUUCAUCAAUUUAUAGAGAUUGUUAAGGAUCUAAAUCAAACAGCACAUGGCAAAAGCUGACAUGAGGUUGCAUCCAAGCAUCCUUGAGGUAUAACAACUGAAAUUGGGGGCACAUAUUACUCAUGCUUCUAGCUUAUUUCAAUGCAUAUGCUGUCGACUAUGAUCAGGUCUGGACUUAAUAGUUGGAUGAUUGUGAAAUCAGAUUUUACCAUCACAUUUAAUGCUUUCAAAGUUCCAGCAGAUUUUAAGUCUCAAGAAAGUGAUUUAAUUUCCCAUACAUGUAAAGUGACUGAUCCCUAACAUACACUUUGAUGUACUAUAGGUUUAUGCCUAGCAAAAUACUUAUUUUUAUGCCUGGGUCAGAGCAAAGUUGUAGUAUUAUAUCUUCCCUUCAUGCUAUGGUGGCUAACCAUGCAGAAGCAGUGCAAAACCUAGAACAGACAAAUUCAGUUCUGAACUGUUUCUUAUCUUAAUCUUGUUUUCCUUGUGUACAACUACUAUAGAAAUCCACUGAUGAAUAUGCCUGUAAAACACUUUUAAAUUAAGUAGCAAUGUAAGGAGAACAUGGAGUUAGACAUAAAAUUAACAUACUGUGAAAUAUUUUGAUAGUUUUGCUAAAGUUUCAUAUGGUUGCAACUUCAGUAUGAAAACCGGGCAUAUUUUUGAAGAUUUCAGGUUGUUUCCAAAGAAUCAAGACAGAAAAAUACAGAUUUGGAUUUGAUAACCAUCUGAGCCUGAAUGAGAAAUAGCAUUAAGGUACUUCUAUGUAAUAGUUACUGAACAUUUAUCUUUCUAUGCCCCUGAUUUAAUCACUUUAACAAAAAUGAAAAUUAUAAACACUAUAAUUACAUACAAUGCAUUAAUGUUUUGGUAGUUGUCUACCUGCGCCUUACUACGAAGUUACUAUGCUACUGUUGGAUACUGAAAUAGGCCUUAUAGAGUAUUAGUUGUAAUAUGUAAGUGUAACUUAUUCAUACAUAAAAGGGAAGACAUGCUUGGCAAUUACAUGCAAGCAGCCAUUCAGUAGGGAAUUUUUCUGCCUGGCAAGCUGGUACUAACACACUUGUUUGAUAAAUGGAACUGUUGCCAUGUUUCAUAAGCAUCCUGAGUUGAUGUAACUGCUACAUUGGAUUUUGUUGUGCGUAUGCAAACACUUUGCAGGAACAAAUGCAAAUUAGUUUUAUUAAUUCAACUGGAAGGGCUAAGUAAUGUUUUCCCCACACUAUGCUAAAAACAGCUGCUCCUCUUUUUAAAAACCAUGAUCCAAAAGCAAAUGCUUUAAAUGACAAACUGCCCUUGGAGAUGCUCUAUCUGAUAAUCUAAGAGUCACUGCAUCAACUGUAUGCGACUUCAGGUUUCCAGGUGCUUUUAUGGCAAUCAGACUUCUUUUGUCCUACAUUGAUUAACAUUAAAAACUAGCGGUAGCUUUGUUUGCAAUGCUGCUUGAAGCCAUAACAGUCACGUAGGUUUUUUUAUCGUAAGAAAUGUCAUUAAUGUGUCUGUGCAAUACGGCAACUGUACAUAUAUGUUCUCUUCCUCUUCAGUAUUUUGAUUAGAAAGUGCCCUUUCAAGGCCCCUGUAUAUUGCUGCACACUUUUCAGAGAUUAAACUUGUCUACAAUAAAGUGUUUGAGCAUUAAAAACCAAUGCACUAAGCCUGCUACUAUAAUAAAUCUAAUAACUAAUUCAA